GCGAAAUCGCGUCCAACACAUGAAGCAACUGAUCUGUGAGGAAAGAGUGUUGGGUAUUGAAACUGGAUAAAAAAAAAAUAAGCAUGGGUCUUGUUUUUCUGUAAGUAUAAGAAUAAAAAAUAAAAAACACACACAUGCGAAAAUGUAAUCGUUUUUUAUAUACAGGAAGAUGGGGAAAGAUUAGUGUUAGAUCAGAUGUAGAUUUCAUUUUUUUUAUUUUAUUUAAUUUUGUUUAUUUUAUAAUUUUUUUGGAAGACGAUGCAAGACAUAAGGAAGGACUCCAUCAUCAUCAUCUUCAUCAAGAGCUCCAGGGGUUUCUACAGAUCAGGAUAAGACAAGAAGAAGGUCAGUAGCAUCAGGUCUCUCUCAGCCUUUUGUGGACGAGUAUCGGGUGUUUUUGGCUCGAUUCCUCUUUGCUGGAUUGCUGACAACAGGAGAUCGUGGCAAAGUGACAUCCUGCAGUUCCACACAUGGAAGAUCGGAAGUAUCUCCCUCAGGCAGUGGGUGAGGAAACUAACCUCUCCACCUCAGCCAUCCAACCACAGCCUAACAGACAUAUUAAAAGAGAACCAUGUGACUCAGUGAUCACUACAAGAGUCAGGAUGGAAGAGCACUCAGAUGUUCCCUGCAAGGUGCCCCGCUUCCAGUACGUAGAUUUCCCCUCACUACACCAGUGUAUCAAGCAGCUCUCCGUGCCACCACUAGAGGGCUGGCUAGCCUCCUGCCCACUUGGAAAGGUUCCAGCACAUCGUCCCAGCAGCCCGAAGGAGAAGGUGCCCAAGUUUAAAUAUGUGGACUACCCUUCACUCUAUCACUGUAUCCAGCAGUUGUCCGUGCCGCCAUUGGAAAUCUGGAGCUCGAAGCUUACCAAGCCCAGCCCGAGGGGGGGACUGGUGGACACAGUAGGGGUACAGUGUCCCCGUCAGGUGCUUGGAGAUAGAGGGAAAAAUGAAGAGAUGGAGGAAAUUAGAGUAGGCCAACAAAGCAGCGAAAAAAGGGGCAGUGGAAGCACAAUCUAUGUCCCAAUUCCAGAGCCCACUGUCCUGCUUAACAUAAAAGAUCCACAGCCAAGCAAAGUCACAGAAAAGGAAGAUAAUUCCAACAUGCACCAAAAGCACUUUAGUUUUAGCUCAGAUCAUGUAUCUCGAUCACAGACGGUUUGUAGCGCAGACCUGAAAAGAGCAGCAGAAAGGAAUGAGAAAAGUCUGAGGCCAUCUGUUAUCAGUGUGGUGCGAACAAAAAGACAGAAACACCGAGUGGAAACGGAAGAGCGACCCGAGAGGUUUAAAUCCCCAACCCCGGUAACAAAGGUGGAGCAGCCGAUAAAUCUAAAGCUGAUCUGUCCUCUCGGCCAACAGAUAUUUACAGAUCCAGUGGAGCACCAAACUCAGCAGUGCAGACACAAAGACAAGGGACCACAUUGAUGACGUGACUUCAAGAUGGCCAUCUUUCUGACUUUUCCUAGAUAUUAUUGGUCGUCGUUUUUGACACUUUGGCCUUGACCUAUCAUCUUGUUCAACUUCUACAAGGCAGAAGAAGAACAUCAGACACAUUCUGAUGCACCCUUUAGAAUUUUGCCUUAAAUCAUGCAAUUAAAUAGUAGAAAGUGAAAGGUAUUAAGAGGAUAUUCAGAAAAGCACACACACACACACACACACACACACACACACACACACACACACCUAUUUGCAUUUUUGGUAAUAUCAACAGUCUAGUGGUACUAAAUAAAAGCUACUAGAAUUUGGAGGUUUCUACUUCUGUAGGUUUUGAAAGACUGAUAUAUAUAUAUAUACUGAUAUACUGUCAGUUUGUGUUGGUUUAAAACUACUAAACCUUAAGUACUGAACCAAUUGCUGGCCAUAGACAAUCCCAACCUGAUGCAAGUUCUGCCCUCCAACAACAGGGUCCUUCUGCAAGUGUGGCAGAAAUGACAAGAAAACCUAAAAACUGGGUUAAGAACUUAGUGUGAGUGACACUUUAGUCUUUCUUUCCCAGACAGUAAAACAGAUCCUGCCGCUGGGAAACGAAACCCAGAGGAGGAUACAAAUGCAUUUUUGUAGACACUGAGGUUUAACUGUUUAGUUCUGCGUGCCUAAAGGAAUGGCGGUUGCUUAUGCCGCGAAAUCAUUUGUUGAACAUUUAAUACCUUUUUUAAAAAAUGAAUCUUUGUAUUUCUGAGGUGUUUUUUAUGAAAUUUCAUGUAUGAUAGCUGAAAGGUAGAGUUAACCUGCAGAAUAAUGGAAUUUUCACUUGUUUUGUGCGCAUUAAAGGUUUUUAACAAGUACUA